CGAUGCUCUUGAACGCAACCCUGUUUGACCCGGAAGUGCUCUCUGUUGUUGUUGUGAAUGGAGCGAGCAUGGACCCCUGUGUGGUAAAUAACAAGACAAUAAUAGGUUGAUUUCGUUUGAUCCAUGAUGAACUUUGACGGUCUGGAUGCUGGGAUGGGGGAGUAUCCAGCUGGCCUUCACGGAACUAUGGAUGCUGGGAUGGAGCCCUCUAUGGACCCGCACCUCAACCCCAACUUGCUGCAAGGAGUGGAGCUAGACCCGGAGGGGCUGGCUGUGACCGUCCCCGAGCCUGUGCACCUGAUGGAGGGGAUGUUCUCUGAGCUGCACAGUGCAGUCUCAGAAGUCGGCAUCCCAGUCACUGCAACACAUUUUGAUCUACAGGAGGAGAUCCUCUGGAUGGGAAACCACAGAGGUCAUGUAACAUCGUUCUUUGGACCUACGAUGGGGCGCCAUUCUUCUUUCCAAGUGCACGCCUCAGAUGACGUCAGACACAUCCAGAGUUUGGAAACUGGCGUCCUGUUCCUCUCCAAGUCGACCCUCAAAUGUAACACUCGUGGGGGCCUUUUCAUGUUUGAUUUCCCGUUGGAGGAAGGCGCUGAUAUGCACAGCCUCCUCAUGACAGACAACAACACUUUGCUCAUGGGCGGAUUACAAAACUAUGCGGUGGAAGUGGACUUGAAUACUGUCCAAGAAACUCAGAGGUUCAAUGUUGAAGUACCUGGAAUGGCAAUUAUGCGCCAAACAAGCCGUUUCUUCUUCUGCGGGCACACUUCUGGAAAGAUAACCCUGCGGGAUUUACGCAGCUUCAAGAUGGAGCACGAGUUCGACGCGUUCUCUGGCAGCCUCUCAGACUUUGACGUUCACGGAAACCUUCUGGCUGCAUGCGGGUUCUCCAGCCGAGGACUAAACGGGUUGGCGUGCGAUCGUUUCCUCAUGGUGUACGACCUCCGGAUGAUGCGAGCUGUAACGCCUCUUCAGGUGCACGUGGACCCCCUCUUCUUGCGCUUCAUUCCUACCUACACAUCACGACUGGCGAUCAUCUCACAGACAGGUCAGUGCCAGUUCUGUGAGCCAACCGGUCUCGCAAACAUGGCAGACGUUUUUCAUGUCAACACCGUGGGCCAGCUGCUCAUGAGUUUUGAUGUAUCGUCCAGUAAACAAGCCCUGGCCUUCGGGGACUCUGGGGGAUGUGUGCACCUGUGGUCUGAUGCUCCAGAGGUUUCUUAUAACGAUUACUCUCGGGAGACAGAGUUCGCCCUCCCUUGCCUCGUGGACUCUCUGCCUCAGCUGGACUGGAACCACGACCUGCUGCCCAUCUCGCUCAUCCCCAUGCCGCUGACCAGUACGGAGCAACUGCUGUCAGACUGGCCAUCUGCACAGGCGACACCCAGCCCCAGACGAGCUCCUCCCGUGGACCCAGAAAUCCUCCGCACCAUGAAAACUGUCGGGUUCAUAGGUUAUGCAGCAAAUCAGCGCACCCGUCCUCGGAACCAGGUUCCUUAUAAAAUAAAAGACGUGGAACUGGAUUAUGAUAACUACAACCAGGUCCCUGAGUCACCAAUCGGACGUGAUGAAGAGCCGCACCUCUACAUGGUGCCCAAAAAGUUCAGGAAGGUCACAAUCAAGUACUCCAAACUUGGACUGGAGGACUUUGAUUUCAAACACUACAACAGAACUUUGUUUGCUGGUCUGGAGCCGCACAUCCCCAACGCCUACUGUAACUGCAUGAUCCAGGUUUUAUACUUUCUGGAGCCGAUCCGGUGUCUGGUCCAGAAUCAUUUGUGCCAGAAGGAGUUUUGUUUGGCCUGUGAGCUCGGCUUCCUCUUCCACAUGUUGGAUUUGUCUCGAGGUGAUCCAUGCCAGGCCAGCAACUUCCUCAGAGCGUUUCGAACCAUCCCUGAGGCCUCAGCGCUGGGUCUGAUCCUCGCAGACUCAGACGAGCAAACAGGGAAGGCCAGACUUGGUCGCUUAAUCCAAAGCUGGAACCGCUUCAUCCUCACACAGCUCCACCAGGAGACACAGGAGCAGGAGGGCCCGCAGGCGUACAGGGGAGCCAGCAGCAGUUCUCUGGGUUCCUCUGGUGAGUCAGAGAUCGGGAAGUUGUUUGGAUGUGAGGUGGAGAACAGCAGUCUGUGCCGCUGUGGGAAGGAAACGGUGCGCACCUCGCUCACGCUGCUCUUCACCAUGCAUUACCCUGAGCAGAGCUCUCAAGAGAAAACGGUGAAGGAAUACGAGUUCGGUGAGAUCCUGAAGAAGAGCAUCUGUCUGGAGCAGAGCACUCAGGCCUGGUGUGAAAACUGUGAGAAAUACCAACCUACAGUGCAGACACGCAACAUCCGCUGUCUGCCUGACGUCCUGGUCAUUAACUGUGAGGUGAACAGCGCUAAAGAGGCUGAGUUCUGGAAGGUUCAGGCCGAGUAUGCGUUCAAUAAGGCAAAGCAGAAAGAGGCGAUGGAACCACCCAAACCUAAAGAACCUCCCCCACCCAUGCCGACAGAGUGGUGUCUGGACGGAGAGGAUUGCAACAUGGAUGGCUUCACCUUUGACACAAAGGCGGAGGAUCUGCGACACGUCUGGGUCCCACUCACUCUGAAAAUGUCCAUCAGCAAAAGUCAGGGUCUGGAGAUCUGCAGCUGGCCUGAGGGAGAGGAGUUAAGCGCUGACGAGGAGGCAGAGGGAGCGUCUCUUUAUGACUUAGUUGUCACGGUGCCUCACAUCCUGGAUGCUCGCACGGGAGGAAACUUGGUUGCACACAUCAAAGUGGGAGAGACAUACCAUCAAAGAAAAGAGGGAGUCACUCACCAGCAGUGGUACCUCUUCAAUGAUUUCCUUAUUGAGCCAAUUGACAAGACUGAAGCCGCUCAGUUUGACGUGAGCUGGAAAGUGCCCGCCAUUCUUUAUUAUGCCAAGAGGAACUAUCACACCAAAUACGACCUCCGCAUUAAAAACCCCAUCGAUGCCAGCGUGCUGCUGACUGAGGCCUCACUGGCUCGGAAGCAGAGGAAGAGUCACGCCACCUUCAUCCCCCUCAUGGUCAGCGAGAUGCCGCAGGCUGGAGACCUGGUGGGGCUGGACGCUGAGUUUGUCACACUCAACCAGGAAGAGGCAGAGCUGCGCAGUGACGGCACCAAGUCCACCAUCAAACCCAGUCAGAUGUCUGUGGCCAGGAUCACCUGUGUGAGGGGUCAGGGUGCCAACGAGGGGGUGCCCUUUAUUGAUGACUAUAUCUCUACUCAGGAGCAGGUGGUCGACUAUCUGACGCAGUAUUCAGGCAUCAAACCAGGAGACCUGGAUGCAAAGAUCUCCUCAAAGCAUCUGACCACGUUGAAGUCCACCUACUUGAAGCUGCGCUUUCUUAUCGACACAGGAGUUCGCUUUGUUGGCCACGGUUUACAGAAGGACUUCCGUGUCAUUAAUCUGUUGGUUCUGAAAGACCAAGUCAUCGACACCGUCUACCUGUUUCACUUACCGCGCAAGAGGAUGAUUUCUCUGAGAUUCCUCGCCUGGUACUUUCUUGACCUCAACAUCCAGGGGGAAACCCACGACAGCAUAGAGGACGCUCGCACGGCUCUGCAGCUGUACAGGAAGUACCUGGAGCUGAGUCGAGGAGGCGGGACCGACGAAGUGAGGAAGGUCCUGAAGGGACUCUACGAAAAGGGCCGCCAGCAGGACUGGAAAGUCCCAGAAUCGGACCCCGGAGAUGGUCAAGGUAGCCCAAAAAGUGCUGCUGUGUUUCCCUCUGUGAUGGGACUCUGAGCUGCAGCAGCAUGCUCACACUCCAGACUGUUGACUGAUCACUGCUCGUGGUGUUUUUUUAAUGAGUUACAUUUAUUUUUUCAUCAUGUACAGUGUUUAUGGAUGUCUGUGUUGCUUGUACAGCUUGCUUCAGCACCAUGACCAAACAGUUUUAAUCAUGAUUCAAUUUGUACUUCUUGUCAAAAUAAAAAAUAAGUUUAGUUUG